AUGGAGCACCCGCGUCCAAUGCUCCCGUCCCAACGCUACUCUCCCUCGCCCGUAUACAGCUACGACAGCAGACGAUGCACGCCGACGGGGAGACAGCCCCUGAAGGAGUCAAAUGGCAACGCCCAGCCGGCUGGCUCUCAUCUGGGCAGCCUCGCAUCUUCAUGCCGCAAUAGCCCCCUUGGCCUAUUCUCUCCUAGCUUUACUGGCAUACCUACACCACCCAUUGUGCCGUCUCAGGCCGGGGUUGAUUACAGGACCAGCGGUAGCAUUCGAAGGCCAGAUGCCCUCCAAAUGGCCAGACGGGCACGGCCUGACAUCAACCCUAUCUACUAUGCUCCCGAGUUUCGACCCUACCGUGACAAGCAAGAUCAGAAGGACCCCAAUGAGAAACAGAUCUGGCCUCGGGUAUUGGAAGAUGCCUUCCUCGAUUCCCUGCUUAUUAUCCCUCACAUGGGGAGGAAAAAGUACAGCAUGCAGGGCAAGCAGUUUGGACGGAACAUGCUCAUCAGCGAGUAUCUUUGGAUCGCGUACUGCGACAGCCUGCAACCUGGACAGAAAGCAGAGGAGCGGAAGAGGAAGCAGGUAUCAAGUCACAUCCAAGUCGUCAAGAAAAUGUUUGAAAAGCACCGGUGCUACCACUUCUUCUUUGUGAAAGACCCUGACAAAAGCGAGGCCCGUCUCAAGGAUAACAUGGAGGUUGCCUCGUUCAAGGACAACCCAGUUCUGAUCGCCCUUGCUGAAGGUCGUCUUCCGGAUGUCCGUCCCAAUUAUAAAUACUUUGCGCAGAUCCUGGCCAUGGACUCCCUAGUGGUCAUGAGACCCAAGACAGCCUGGAUCUUUGUUGCCUCCAACAACGUGAGAAUGGACGAGGACGGCGAGAUUUACGACCACCACGGCAAACCCCUCGACAAGAGCUACUAUCCCCACUUGGAGAAGAACAUGCACAAGGAGGAUGGAGCUUCCAGAGGCCUUAAUGGUAGCAUCCUCUUGCAUGAGUAUAACAAGGAACUCUCCCAGAAAGAAUCCGCCGCCGUCACCGAGCUGGCACAAGAAUGGGAGACCAAGUUCCCGGCUCUACACGAGUCGCUUGAGUUCGCCAUCCGCGAUAACAAAUGGCUCGACAUCCUGGAGAUGACUGUUACACUAGAAAUCCAUCCUCGUAGCAACUUUCCCGCCGGUUCGGAGCUCAACGGCUUCGUCGAGCUAAGCAUAUCUUUGCCCGCGCUACAGAACCAUCGCUGGAAGUGCGUCACGAAGCUGGCACGCCCAGAAGAGCUCCGCCGUGCCGAAACCGACCGCCUGAUCGUCGAACAGACGAGCGAGGUGGGAAUUCAGUACACCCACCGACCCGGAUGCCAAGAGAACAAGUUUGAGUGUGACUGCCGCAGCCGUCCUAGGCAGGACGUCCGCGUUCCUUUCCCUGCGGCCGAAUGGGCCAGCAUCCUCAGCACAUGUGCAGGCUAUCUUGAGCCCGCGGAGAACAAGGCCAAGAUCGAGGACGACGAGGAUAGGUCCAAGGCUGCCGAAGACGCCGCGAUCGAAGCCGAGAGAACCACCGCCGAGUUGAUCCAGCAGGUCGGCAUGUUCCAGGAGCUGUGGUCUAUUCCGCCUGACAGCUCGGAUCGCCGCGCGUGGACGCGCCGUGGCAUCAUCCUAUGGAAGUUCCGCACAAUCCACGCGUUUGACGACAAGUGGAACCCCAUCUUCGAAAAGCCGGUGCCCCCAAAGGGCAGAAAGCCUGCUGACGAGGAAGACGAGGAGCAGGGCACUUCGUCCCGACGCGGUGGUCGGUCUAAGCGGGUUUUCAACCCGCCCGGCACGACCUGGCGGUUCCUGACGGCUCUGGAUCCGGUUUCUUCUGCCCAUCAGCAGAACGUAUGCAUCAACCCCGCGGCUGCCCCUGGCCGCGAUAUGCUUAUGGCCCCAACACCUCCCUAUUCUCAUCAACUCGCAGCCGUCAUGAACGAUAACCUGACCUCGGCCUGGGACCCCGUCUCCAUGUCUGGUCAGCUGCCUAGCCUAGCAUCCACUGGGACACUUGGAUUGAUGGACAACUUCUCACACGGGCUGGCGACGCCUCCCCCAACGGCAUCAAUCCACUCGUCGUAUGCGAGCAGCUAUGACGGCAGCCAUGAGCUGGCAAGCGGGUCGCAUCACCAUCAUCAUCAACUUGACUUCCUCGCCGCAGCCUGCACCAGCUCCAUGGAUAGCCAGAGCACUCUGGUCACCGAUAUGGGUCCCGCUUCCGCUGACCCUUUCCUGUCGGCGACGGGAGGCAUUCAAGUGUCAAACGGCGUCGGCGUCGGUGUGUACGACGAAGGUGAGGUCGAAGGGAUCUCCGAUUGGGACACUGCGACGUCGUCUUUCCACAGUCUCAAUCACUGGAACGGCUGGAACGAGACCUCGGACACAAAAACGCACCAAUGGCAGAACGAGAACCAGCGCAGCGCCGCAGCAAACGCCAACCUCUGGACCGAAACUAAGGAUCAUCAUCAGACGUGGAAUCAGCAGCCAUGGGCCCAAGCCGUCUCGGCAGUUGCUGCCGUUGCCGGCACGGACGGCAGGUCCGGAUGGUCGCCAGUUGACCAGCAGCGCGGGCUGCCCUCGUUGGACCAAAUCACCCCGCUUAAGCCCAUGUCCGGGAUGAAGAGGGCGCGCUCUAACAGUCUCGACAUGGAGAACCGGGAGAACUAUCCCGCUACAGCAAUCCAGAAGCUGGUGCAUCACCGAGCGCCAGCAGCUGUGAUGGAUGAAAGCGGUCACGGACACCGAAGCUGGGAAUGA